UAUUAUUCAAGUCGUUGACGAAAAAGAAGAAAAUGGACGCAUUUGUAAAUAUUAUGGAAGUCUGAAUCUGACGUUUCUAACCAUUUACAUAAGUUGACAUGGCGAGUGUUAUAUUUUCAUUUAUGCCAGCUUUGAAUCAUAUUGGUCAUCACUAGAAAAAGUUGCAUUAUAGAUAAUAACAUUGAAUUGGAGACCCGGAACCGAGGCAGAAGCAAAAGUUAGUACAUAUAAUCCAUCAUGCCUGUGAAGAAGAAAGACUUGUACGUGGCAAAAUCUUUAAAGGCCCUGAAUGACCUUGCUGCUCUGCCAGCCAAAAUGACAAAUAAUCCGAAAAUACUACUGAAGUCGGCUGAGAAGAUACAUAAAGAAGCGGAACUGCACGAGUCCCUGGGAGAUGAGGAGAAGGCAUACAUUAUGUGCAUGAAGUACUUUAAUGUGGUCACUUUAAUCAGAAAGUCUGCCGAAUACAAAAAACAUAAGGACUAUUUUGACAGUUUGAUUGGACAGAAGAAUUUACUAAAAUCUAUUAACAAAGCUGAGGAACUGUCUGCAAACCUGAAGGACAGAUAUGAGUUGGCUGAGGCUGAGGAAGUAGCCAGCAAGUUAUCUCCCCUUGAAGAUAAUCCUCAUCCAAAGGAAGAACCUGUCAGAACGGAAGAGGAAGUUAAAAAACCAAUUGAAACAGAAAACACCGACAAACCAGUGGAGCCUGCCCCACAGGCUGACGGCAGAAUAACCCCGGUGGAACUGUACCGUUUGUUAAAUGACAAGGAGACUAAUUUGAUUAUUAUGGACGUACGGCCAGCUUCACAGUAUGGAGAAUCACACAUCAAACACGAUGCCUGUAUCAGCGUGCCAGCGGAAGUCAUCAAACCAGGAACGACCGUGACCUACAUAGAAAUGGCACUGUCAGAAGAGGCCAAAGGUCAGUGGAGGAAAAGAGGUCAAACUGACCACAUUAUCUUACUGGACUGGAACUCCACCCUGAGUCAGGUCACCAUAGCAACACCACUGCGAACACUCAAGGAUGCCUUGUUUAAAUAUGAUUCUACAGUGAUAAUAAAGAGUGAGCCGUUAGUCCUGGAGGGGGGAUACGACCAGUGGCUGAUGUACUACCCCCAAGUCACCACCAACGCCAACGUGACCAACCCCACACAGGAGGGACCCAUGUCAUCAGCCCCAUCAUUGGAUUUUGAUUACCCUGACUUUGAUGAAGAUUUCUCUCUUACUCCUAAACCCAAACCAAAGCCUGAAGUAGAGGCUUCGUCAGACCCACUGGGUCUGCUCAACAAUGUGCCUGACACUGCUAAACCUCCAAUACCGACGUCAGGGGGCCAGGCCAGACCCAGCGUGGACAGGUCCACCAAACCCAAACCCUCCCCCUCAAACAACAGCCUGAAUUCUAUACACAAUGUCUUCCCCACCUCCCAGACUGACAGUAAGACAAUAUCAGUGCCUAAGAAUAACUUGAUGGCUGAGGCACAAAGGAAGGAGAAGAGGGCAGCUGAGGAGGUGGUGAGGAGUAAGGAGGAGGAGAUGAGGAUCCAGACAGAGAAAGAUAAGGAAGCUGAGGAGCAGGAGGCAAAAAGACAGAAGUUACAGAGGGAGAUACAGGAGCUGGAGCGGUUAAAAAUGGAGCAGGCUAGAGAUGUGGCCGAUUUGAUGAGAAAGAAAAAGGCCAUUGUAGAGGAAAAUCAGGGAGAUUCGAGGACAGACUCUCACAAGAAGGGAGAGGAGGAAAGGAGAAAGGAGCUAGCCAUACUUGACCUCGAGGAGAAGGAGAAGAGGCAGGUACAGGAGGAGAUGGAGCGAGAGAAGCAGCGAAGACUGGAGGAAGUGGAGAGGCUGAGGCAGGAGAGGAAGAGAAGGGAAGAGGGCGAGGCAGACAGGAAGGCUUUAGAAAAGGCUAGAGAAAAUGCCAAACUAGAAGAAGAGAGGCGUAAAUUGGAUCUUAAAAAAGCUGAAGAUGAGGCACAGAGACUACUCGAGGAAGAGCAGAGACGAGCGGCACAACAAAAAGCUGAGGCAGACAAACUUGAGGCACAGAGAAAGGCUGAGGCAGAUAAACUUGCAGCACAGCAAAAAGUUGAAGCUGACAGACUUGAGACACAGAAAAAGAAAGAGGAGGAAGAGCAAAGGGAGACAGAGAGGAGAAGGCAACAGGAGGAGGAGCAAAGGAAAGAGGAGAAGAAGAGGCAAGAGCAAAUGAAGAAAGUGGAGGAGGAAAGACUGGAGAAGGAGAAAGCAGACCUAGCUAGGAAAGAGGCAGAGGAGAAACUUCGCAGGCUUAAUUUUGCUGAGUCACAACCCUCAAAACCAAAAACCAUCCCCUCCCCCAACUUGCCCAGUGGGUGGGAGAAGAGGCUGGACCUGAACACGAGGAGGUACUACUAUAUCAACCACAACAAGGGAAGCACACAGUGGGAGUCGCCUUAUACCCAGACAAGCCAGCCUCCAGGACAGCUGUCUGUCACCAAGCUUAAAGAUGAACCAACCACUCCAAAGCGAGGCUUGACACGCUCCAAUUCUUCUCCUAACAUUGCCAAGAUGAUGUUUGAUGAAGAGCAGGCACCCAAAACACUUCCUACCGUAAACAGGGCCAUGAAACCUCAACCAAGAGUUGACCAUCCUCAGCCAAAGCCUAGAAAAGCCCUUCACAGAGACUUAAACCCGGUGUAUGGAAAUGUGGGUCGAGCUCUGACAGGUCUACGUAACCUUGGCAACACGUGUUACAUGAAUUCCACCAUUCAGUGUCUAAACAACACGUCGCCACUAGCAACAUAUUUCCUGACGGACAUGUAUCUAUACGACAUUAACAGAGAGAGUCAGCUUGGUUACUAUGGUGAGGUAGCAGAUGACUUCUCUGUCAUCAUUAAGGCCCUGUGGUCCGGACAGUACAAGUGUAUCACCCCUAGAGAUUUCAAGUUUAUAGUGGGUAAACACAACCCAGAGUUUGCAGGAACCACUCAACAGGACAGCCACGACUUUCUGACAUUCCUGAUGGACGGACUUCACGAGGGCCUGAACAAGGUGAAGAAACGCCCCGAGAUCCCUGAGCAGGAGAAUGAUAAUUUACCGGAUAACCAGGCUGCAGAGAUAGCCUGGAGACAUCACCAGCUGUGUAAUGAGUCCAUAAUUGUGGAGCUGUUCCAGGGCCAGUUGAAGUCUACUUUGAUGUGUCUACACUGUAGGAAGAUGUCUGUUAACUUCCAGGCUUUCAUGUUUCUUACCUUGCCCCUCCCUUCCUCCUCCCGGUGUAGUCUUGGGGAUUGCCUGAAGUUGUUUCUAAAAGAGGAGAAAUUAACAGGAAGCAGUAGAUGGCGCUGUCCUCGAUGUAAAGUUGACCGUGAUGCCGUCAAAAAAAUUGAUAUCUGGAGACUUCCCAGAAUUCUACUCAUAGGGCUCAACAGGUUUGUGUAUAAGGGCCAAUGGAGAGAAAAGAUCAACAGCCAUGUUGAUUUCCCUGCUAGGAACCUGGACCUGAACCCGUAUCUAGAUGGACCUAAGUCUACAAAGACCGUCUACAAACUCUACGCUACCUCAAAUCACACUGGGACUUUGGAUGGAGGGCAUUAUACAGCAUAUUGUCGUAGCCCGUGCACACAGAACUGGUACAAGUAUGACGAUGACCAUGUGUCGGAGAUUUCAGAGUCAAGUGUGCGGUCGUCGUCAGCCUAUGUUCUGUACUAUACAUCAGUGGAACUGACACCACCCAACUUCAGGCAACAUUUCUGAGCCACCACUCACCAUGUGAUGAAAUCUGAGCCACCACCCACCGUGUGGUGAAAUCCCACCUAAUUUAAGUUAAUAAAACUCUCGGACCUUGCAACAUGGUGAUGGAUAAAAGUCAUGUGUUUAACGUUUCUCCGUCUGAUAUACUCAGAAAAACAUCAGCAUUUUAAUCAGGUCAUAAAAAUUAAAGCAUGCGCAUUCUACAUCUCUGUCAGUGGUGGAUUCUUGGUACUAAUAAAUGUGGUGAGCGCACCCUCAUCACCAGACAAGUACCACAGAUUCAGAUCUGAUACUAGUCCUUUUAUAGUACUUUGGAAUAAUAAACAACAAUUACUAUGUUACUACAAACAAUUCCCCUAAACCCGUGCAUUGUUUGAUGUGCUUUACAAUUUUAUGUACAGGGUUAUGGUCAAUUUAUAAACAGUGCUUUUUUUCUAUUGAAUGUGAUAUAUUGAGAUAAACUGUAGAAACGUGUAUUAUGUAUCAGUGAAGGACUCGAUGUACUUUCUCUUUGAAGUGAACUUUUUUACAUGGGCUUUCAUUUAAUGUUUUCUCAACAUGUUCGUGCAUUUUGGUGUUGAUGACAUUACAAUUUAUUUAAGUGAAACAUAAAUGAACAAUACAGGUACAUAUGCUUACUUUCAUUUCACACAAUGUCUGUAAUCCUCGUUACUAUGUGAGGAUCACUAAAACAAAGCAUAAGCAUUGCAGAGUUACUGCCCUUGAACGGUGAAAUUUGUUUUUUGACUAGCUCAAUUUCACUUAUAUAUAACACAGUUUGACUAGGAUUGAUGUUACCAGGUCCUCUGUUUCUAUUUUGUUGCUACAGUAAUAUUGCUCCAUGCCAUAGAAAAUUCCUAUUUUCGUUAUAAUUGUUUAUCAAAUGACAUCAAAUCUGUCUUUCUAAAUUAGAUGAUAAGAAAUAAGAGUAAUGUUUACUCAUUCUAUACAAUAUAAGUCCUUUAUAAACCACGUCACGGUUUACAAUGCGUAAACUGCUCAAACUUUAAAUACUGUUUAUCAUAUAAAAUGAGCAAAAACAACUUUCAUUCUGUAAAUGAACAACAGUGCCCCCUCGAUAUAUUGCCCCCCCCCCCCCCCCUCCUUGGUCUUGGCAAUAUAUUGAGGGAGCACUGUACUUGUAGAAUGUUAUGAUGGUGUUUAAAGAGUACAUAUCAUAAAUUUGUGAACCAGCACUGAUUUUUACAUGACAUAUUUAAGGAUAGGCAUGAUAUUCUGCCAAUAAAUUUGUUUCAUACUUGGUAGAAUAUAAGAAUUGGGGGCCCUCGAUACAAAUAUGUACAAGUCAUGCUAGGGUUCUUGUUAUUGUAGGAAUUUAAGGGAAUAGAAAAGUUACCUCCCUUGCAUUACUCUUUACAUCAUGGCCCUGUUCAACUUUCCCUGAAAUUAAUUUUUAUCUGAAGUUCACACAGACUAUAUUUUCCAUAUCUCAUUUUGUAUGUUUACAAAUAAUGCAUCUGUGAUUUAUUUUUAUGGCUGUGACAACAGAAUAUUUAACUAUUGCUUGCACAGAAGGAUGAAUAUUUCAAAAACAAAUAUACAUGUAUGUAUAUAUAUACUUUACACAGAAUCACUCCAUUGACAAACUUUAUAUCAACCCUGCAUUUCAAAUUGUAUCAUAUACAUAUAGCAUGUUCGUUGUGAACAUACCGUAACAUUAUCUUUGCUCAUUUGUAAUGAGAGUUUGCUGGAUAUAUUUCAAAAUUUAUCAUGUUUUGUUAUCAAAGAGCUGUUACCAAUUUUUCGAUUUAAUUGUUGUAAUGAAUGUGAAUGAAAUAAACUUCACUUUUAAAGUU